AGGGCGAGGGCGAGGGCGAGGGCGAGGGCGGGCGUGGGGCGUGGGUAAGGCGAGGGUCCGGGGUAAGGAGGAGGGAGGGCGCUCCCCGCGGGACUGCAGAGCCGGGUGUCGGCGGAGGGCGAUGGCGCUCCAGGCUCGGGCUCUGUACGACUUCCAGAGCGAGAACGUGGGCGAGAUCUCCGUGCGGGAGGACGAGGUGCUGACCGUCUACAGCGAGCACGACAUCGAGGGCUGGCUGGAAGGAGCCAACAGCCGCGGCGAGCGGGGCCUCUUCCCGGCCUCGUACGUGCAGAUCCUGCGGGCUGGCGGCGACGCCGAGCCUCCCGCCUCCCGUUACGCCAACGUGCCCGGCGGCGGCUAUGACCCUCCGGCCGCAAUGGUGGUGCCGCCCCAGGCCCAGCCCCCCAGCAAUUUCCAGCUGCCCGCCUGCCCGGUAGUCAGCACCUUCUGCCCGUCGCCGCUGGUGCAGCCGGGGCUCGGGCUCGGGGUCGGGGUCGGCCUCGGGGGGCUUCAGCAACAGCCGUCGGGCAGCGGGGACGACGACGACUGGGACGAUGACUGGGACGACAACUCGACGGUGGCGGAUGAGCCGCUGUCGGCGGUCGGGAUGGGGGGCGGCGGAGGAGGCGGCGGCGGCGGCGGCUACUCUGAUUUCGAUGGGACCGGCCGCUAUAAAGUGAGCGUGGGCUCGGGUGGCCGGGCCGCCUCGGGCUCCGUCUCGUCGACCGCCUCCUCCAAGAGCACGGCCACAGUCGGCAGGAACCUCAACCGCUUCUCCACCUUCGUCAAGUCGGGCGGCGAGGCGUUCAUCCUGGGUGAGGCGGCUGGCUUCGUCAAGGACGGCGACAAGAUCUGCGUGGUGCUGGGCUCGCACGGUCCCGAGUGGCAGGAGAACCCCUACCCGUUCUCCUGCUCCAUCGACGAGCCCACCAAGCAGACCAAGUUCAAGGGCAUCAAGAGCUACAUCUCUUACCGUCUGGUACCCAGCCACACCCAGAGCCAGGUUAACCGGCGCUACAAGCACUUCGACUGGCUGUACGGGCGCUUGGUGGAGAAGUUCCCCGUCAUCUCGGUGCCUCACAUCCCUGAGAAGCAAGCCACUGGCCGCUUCGAGGAAGACUUCAUCUCCAAGCGCAAGAAGGGAUUGAUCCUGUGGAUGAACCACAUGACGAGCCACCCGGUGCUUGCACGCUGCGAUGUCUUCCAGCACUUCCUCACCUGUAACGACGAGAAGGCUUGGAAGCAGGGCAAGCGCAAAGCCGAAAAGGACGACAUGGUGGGUGCCAACUUCUUCCUGACUCUUAGCACCCCGCCCACCCCUCUGGACCUGCAGGAGGUGGAGAGCAGGGUGGACGGUUUCAAAGCGUUCACCAAGAGAAUGGACGAGAGCGUGUUCCAGCUCAGUCACACUGCCAACGAAUUUGCCAGGAAGCAGGUAGUGGGCUUCAAAAAAGAAUACCAGAAAGUCGGCACCUCUUUCCGAUUGCUCAGCCAGGCUUUCGAGAUGGACCAGCAGUCCUUCUCGGUUGGACUCAAUCGUGCCAUCGCAUUUACUGGAGACGUGUACGAUGCUAUCGGAGAGCUUUUUGCAGAACAGCCUAAACAAGAUAUCGACCCCAUUGUGGACUUACUAACGCUUUACCAAGGACAUCUGACCAACUUUCCUGAUAUUAUCCACGUACAGAAAGGUGCUCUUACCAAAGUAAAGGAGAGUAACCGACAUGUGGAAGAAGGGAAGAUGGAGCUACAUCAGGCAGAUGGGGUCCGUGAACGUUGUGACACUAUUUCCUUCGCCACGUUAGCCGAAAUUCACCAUUUUCACACUAUUCGUGUAUCAGACUUCAAGACACAAAUGCAGCAGUUUCUUAAGCAGCAGAUUCUUUUUUACCAGAAGGUGACUCAAAAAUUGGAGGAGGCCUUGCAGAAGUAUGAUGAUGUUUAACUUCUGAAAAUCUGAUCCUUUCUUUCGUGGCCUUUCACACCUAACUAAUGCAGUGACCUUCAGAUGGUCAAAUUAUUCUUGGAUUAGCCUUGAUGUUUAUUACAUUAAGCUUCCAGGUUGGGUGAUCGAGCAUCAAAAUUUGUUGAGCAGUCUUUUGUAUAAACAAAACACAUGAAGUUUGCUACAAAUUACUCCAAAUUGUGUUAGGAAAGGGACUGGGAAGAAGACUAUUUAAAUAUAAUGUACUAUAUGCUAACACUACCAUACUAACUUUAUUCUGCAAUAUGCAGUAUGUGUAUACUAUCUAAGUUUUUGCUUAUUUAACAAGGUUAUCCUGGGGACAUUAUUAGACUCAAAAUCCUGUGUCAUCUUAAAGCAUUGGGCAGGCGGAUGGAUGCAUCAAAUGUAUAGUCUCCACACGUCUUGCUCUGAAUGCUGAGGAAAGACAAUAGACUUUAGUUUGUUCUGUAACAAAUGAAACGCAAGGAUUAAAACAUGUUUAUGGAUUCCAGCCACAGCAGCUAUGUUACUCAUGUGCCUUUUGAGUCACUUGUCUUCAUAGUUUUAUUAAAUGCGUCUGUUAAAGGCGGAGGAUAUCAUGAGUUUCCUCUACUCAAAUUGCACCAGAGAGUGAUUAUUGAGCUCUGACAAAUCAGGGAAGGAAGACUAUAUAGCUCUCUGAGUUGGUGGCAAUCACAGUAAAUAUGAAUGAAAUUACACUCAGGAAAUCAGAGGAUGCUAUUAUAAACACAACCAUUAUGCAGGCAGGAAUGACAGGUUUCAGGCUGACUUUUCCAUGUUAGUUGGAAAUAAAGUUAACAAAAUUUAGGGGAAACUUUAUUUAAAUCUUGUAAGAAUGUGGAACCACUUUAUUUUCCUCAGUAGCUUAAGGCUGUGUAUGUAUUGAGUUAACUUGAAUAUUUGUCUAAAACAUUUUAAAUUGAAGGAUAUUUCAUGAACUAAAAACAGAAAAAUGUGCAAAUCACCAGCUGGUUUCCUAAAUGAGAAUUAAUGAAGAUGACAUUUCUGUGUACUUUUAAAACUACAUUUCAAUUCCUGUUUUUGACAAAUCAUUGAUAUCAGUCCAUUCUGCAUUAUCUGGCCGACUUUUGUACCCACCUUCCCACUCUGACUCUGGGUUGUACUACAAUGCCUUGUCUGUGGAGCAUACAUAUUCUGACAUAAAAUGUGUUGCUUGGUGGGAGUUCUUGCAAUCCAUUGUACCCUUUGAAUACAGUAGCUGACAAGGAAUUAUUGUUAGCUGUCCUGGGCACGACAACCAAAGAACUGGCUGUUUUUUAGGCUUUUUCAUCUGAAAAUGAAAGUAUUAUAUUUCAUAACAGUACAUUGAAAUUGAUCAAAUCGUAAAAGGUUUGAGAUUUAACUCAAAUUUUAAUUUAGCAAUCAACUGCACUGGAAUAGUCUGCCAUUACUGGGCAAUGUACAGUUAUUGCUGUCAUUAAUUAAAGGAAAACUUACUGAAUUUUUUUGCUACUAGUUAAAAUGUCACAUUGUGUAAUGGUGCUGUGAGCAAAAGUAACUGGUUUUUGCUGCAGUCUACACUAAAUAGCCAUAAAGUGUUUUUACAGAGGAUAUUUGUGGGAAACCAGAAAGAUAUGAAGAUGUUUACAACUUUUUCUAUUCCUUGUCAUGGUUCCUGAUCUGCAACAAUUUGAUAACCAGGAUUUGUGUAAUAAAAUGACUGUUCAUUCAAAAGACUUGUAUCAAAACUGUCAGACUUUCUGUGAAAGUGCUCUUUAUAUGAAUCAUUGGCACAGUUUUCAUUGUAUGCAACAUAAUAGAUUAAAAUACUAUAAAUGA